AUGGGGUACAAAACUCUGUGCUUUGGACUGUCUUGUAUUAUCUAUGCUUAUUAUAUUUCUGCACCCAUGCCAGAAAACAUUGAAGAACCCUGGAAAGUAGGGGUCCUGGAUGCUCUUAUAAAAAUGACUUCAGUUACGGCUAUAUUAUUUGAAAAUAUAGGUCUUAUCAGACAUGAAGAACUUUUUUUCACAUUAAUGAAAAUGGAUUUUACAAAACCAGUUUCAGAUGAAAACAUUACAGUGACUGACACAACCUUUAUGGACAUUCCGGUACGUUUGUACUUGCCAAAAUGGAAGUCAAAAAGACAGAGACCAGCUGUAAUUUUUCUUCAUGGUGGUGCAUUUGUCUUGGGAAGUUGCAAGCAGACACCUUAUGACGUCCUGAACAGAUUCACGGCAAACAAACUUGAUGCUGUCGUUGUGGGAGUGGACUAUAGACUAUCUCCUCAAUAUCACUUCCCCAUUCCCUUUGAAGAUACCAUUUCUGUGGUCAAGUUUUUUCUACAGGAUGAAAUUCUUGCAAAAUAUGGAGUGGAUCCCACCCGAAUCUGUAUUACAGGCGAUAGUUCUGGGGGUACUUUGGCAGCCUCAGUGACUCAACUGCUACGGAAUGAUCCAGAAUUCAAAAAUAAAAUUAAGGCACAAGCUUUAAUUUACCCUGGCUUACAGGGAGCUGAUACCUUCGUGCCGUCUCACCAAGAAUAUGAACGUGGUCCGAUUUUGUCAAGGGAUAUGACGAUUAAAUUUGGAUGCCUAUAUUUGACUAAAGAUCAAGAUCUGCCCCAGGCAAUGAAAAAAAACCAACAUAUGCCUCAGGGAUCAAGACAUCUGUUCAAGUUUGUUAACUGGAGUAUCCUCCUUCCUGAGAAAUAUAGAAAGAACCAUGUUUAUACUGAACCAAUCCUUGGAAACCUUAACUCUUCGUAUCCGGAACUUAUGGAUUCUAGGAUAUCACCUUUGUUAGUUGAUGAUUCCCAGUUGCAAAAUUUGCCAUUAACUUAUAUCGUCACCUGUGAACAUGAUGUCCUGAGAGACGAUGCACUUAUGUAUGUCACACGACUUCAAAAUGUUGGAGUUAAAGUUGCUCAUGACCAUAUGGAGGAUGGAAUCCACGGAGCUGUAUCGUUCAUGGCGUCACCAUUGUACUUAAAACUCGGCAUUAGAAUAAAAAAUAAGUAUAUGAAUUGGUUAGAAGAAAAUCUAUAA